AUCAAUCGAUCCAAAGAACAGGCCAGGGGGGCCGACAGUAGUGGAAUCGGUGGUUCAGGCAUGGCGAGUGCCGGGAGCUCAGCAGACCUCCCAAGAAAGGAGGCAGGCGUGCUUCGAGGGCACGAGGGGGCAGUUUUGGCUGCCCGAUUCAACGCCGACGGAAAUUACUGCCUGAGCUGUGGGAAGGACCGCACCCUCCGCCUCUGGAACCCUCACCGUGGCAUCCACAUCAAGACCUUCAAAUCCCAUGGUCGUGAGGUUCGUGACGUUCAUGCCACCUCGGACAAUGCCAAGCUUUGCUCGUGCGGUGGGGAUCGACAGGUUUUUUACUGGGAUGUUGCGACUGGCCGUGUGAUAAGGAAAUUCCGCGGACAUGAUAGUGAGGUGAAUGCAGUAAAGUUCAAUGAGUAUGGAUCUGUGGUCGUAUCAGCUGGUUAUGAUCGAUCUGUGAGGGCAUGGGAUUGCAGAUCUCAUAGUACUGAGCCUAUUCAGAUUAUCGACACAUUUAUAGACAGUGUCAUGUCUAUUUGCUUGACAAAAACUGAAAUUAUAGCUGGAAGUGUUGAUGGAACUGUUCGCACAUUUGACAUUCGAAUUGGUAGGGAACUUGUUGAUGACUUGAAGCACCCAGUUAAUUGUAUCUCCCUGUCAAAUGAUGCUAACUGUAUACUUGCUAAUUGCUUGGAUUCUACACUCCGUCUUCUUGACAGGACCACUGGUGAACUCCUUCAACAAUACAAGGGCCACAUUUGUAAGUCAUACAAAAUGGAUUGCUGUCUUACAAAUACUGAUGCCCACGUAACUUGUGGAUCUGAAGAUGGUUUUAUUUAUUUCUGGGAUUUAGUUGAUGCAUCCGUAAUUUCAAGAUUCCGGGCCCAUGCCUCUGUUGUGACUAGCGUGAACUACCACCCGAAGGAUUGUUGCAUGCUAACAUCCUCUGUCGAUGGCACUAUCCGCAUCUGGACAGCGUAGUCCUGUCGACUUCAACCAGAUCGCUUAAAUUUCUCUACAUGUAUUGUCAUAUACUUGGUGAAUUUACUUCACUGGUGCUUUGGCGGCGAGCAGUAUUUGUCUUGCAACAGAGUCCAAAGUUCGGAUUAAAAAGAAUUAUAUGAUAAACUUCCAGGUGCUUUAUUUUAUUUUAUUCUUUUAUUUUGUGGCAUAAUGUGGAAGUAGUUAAAAAGAAGGAUGGAUAAGAUGUAUAUUGACGUAGCAUUGCUCAUGCUGUUAUGCACAGUUUUCAUUUUAGUUUACUUUUUGGGAUAAUUACAUGCUUAGCACUUGAAACGUU